CAAAGCGGGCGGCGGCGACGGCAGAUCGCGUCAUCUGCUAGGAAUUUUCUGCAUAAUUAGCGUCUCAGUAAAGUUCUAGUGAACGGUGCAGCUCAUUUGCUGUUAAAAAUAGUAAAUCUUUGGCUGACGGAAACCGAGCCAAAAGAAGAACCUACCCGAAAAUGGGCUGCUUCGAAAGCAAGCCGGACCAGCAGCGUCCGACCGGAGUACGAGGUCACACCGAUAUCUUUUGGCUGAUCUUGUACGUUAUCUUUUGGAUCGCUUUGAUCGUAAUUGCCAUCUUUUCCUUCAUAUACGGAAAUCCACUUCGCCUCAUCAAUGGGUACGAUUCGUUCGGGAACACAUGCGGUGUUCGCAGCAAUGACAAGUAUUCCAACAUCCCGCUCUCCGGUAUGAAUACGGUCGAUAAGCCGUAUCUGUUCUUCCUUGAUAUCAAAGAACUGCGCCACACGAUCACCGUCUGCGUGAAGGAGUGUCCCGAGCGGGAGCUGUUGAACGCGGCCGAACUCUAUCGCUACUACGAGGAGCGACAGUCCAAAUAUUGUCGGUAUGAUUUCAACAUGAGCCUUCUGCUUACUUCGGAAGCGUCCGGGCCAAAGUAUUUCGAUCUCACUGGUCCCUGCCCGACGCUACCGGUGUAUCAGUCGUCUCCGGUACUGCAUCGCUGCAUUCCGACCGGCAAGAACGCACCGAUCCAGCAGGUUAAGAAGAUGUACGCCCUGAUCAACUCCUGGGAAGCAACGCAGCAAGUGUUUAGCGAUAUGUACAAAGCAUGGCCAACGAUCGUACUGAUCUGUGGGCUUGCCUUCAUCUUCUCCAUUGUCAUGAUUGCGCUAUUGCACUGGCUCGCCACGAUCGUAUCGUGGUUGAUCUGCAUCUUUGUCGUAGUCGCGAGCAUUGGCGUAACGGGCGUUUUGUGGUGGAGUUACUACCGUGCCAAGCAUACACUCGAUACCGAUGAACGACUUUCCUACCUCGAGGAGCUGGUACGCAACGAAACCACGAUCUACGUGCUGGCGAUCGCUGCCACGUGCAUUAUGAUCAUUCUGCUCGUCGUUAUCUACUACCUGCGCGAGAAGCUGACCGGUCUGGCGGCUCUGUUCGAAGAGGCUGGCAAAUGCAUGCUGCAGCUACCAGGAUUGGCCGGUCCACCAUUACUGGCGUUCCUUUCGCUUGCCAUAUUUCUUGCAUUUUGGGUUGCCGUUGUCAUAUGCCUGGCGACCGCGAACCUGCCGGGAGAGAAACCUCUGCUACCGCUGACCCAGCUACAGGAAAAUCCCACCGUCGCCAAUACUACCAACAUCAAACCGGAAUUUGCUGGAAAGAACGAUACUAGCUUCAAAUCCUUCAAAUUGGUUGAAUAUCGUGAAGCAAGUGCCCUGCGCCAUAUGCUAUGGAUUUACAUUAUUGGACUGAUUUGGACUAGCGAAUUCAUCUUUGCCUGUCAGCAGCUAGCCAUUGCGGGUGCUGUUGCCUUUUGGUACUUCCGCAAACCAACCGAUAGCCCGGUGCUACACUCCAUCGCCAAGCUCGUCAAGUACCAUCUCGGUUCCGUUGCCAAGGGAUCGCUUAUCAUCACAAUCUUCAAGAUACCGCGUCUCAUUCUCACAUAUCUUUAUGCAAAAUUGAAGCGUCACCAGCAGGAAGGUUCGGAGUGUGCCAGCGGUUGCCUGCGAUGCUGUAUUUGCGGAUUUUGGCUGCUUGAGAAGUUCAUUCGGUACCUGAACCACAACGCUUACACCGUGAUCGCCAUCGAGGGAGUCAAUUUUUGUCCGGCAGCAAAGAUUGCCUGGAAUGCGCUGGUAACGAAUGCGCUGCAAGUGGCCACGAUCAAUGGAAUCGGAGAUUUUGUACUUUUCCUUGGCAAGCUGGCUGUUGCAGCGCUCUGUGGGCUCAUCAGCAUUUUGCUGCUUCGUGACAAUCCCGAUCUUCAUUUUUACAUGGCCCCAGUGAUCAUUAUUACAGUAUUUGCAUUCUUCAUCGCGCACAUUAUCCUUUCGCUGUAUGAGAUGGUCGUUGACACGCUGUUCCUGUGCGUCUGCGAGGAUCGUACGAUCAAUGGAAAUACUGGACGCUGGAAGGAAAGCAACCUAGCUCGGCUGCUCGGUGAGGCUCCGGAGGUCGAUGCAGUUGAGGCACCGAUGCAGGAGGUGCAGUUGACACCCAUCACGAAGCAACCAUUCUCCGCCCAAUUCCUCCAAGCCGAGAUGGAAAACAGUAAAGCUUAGACGGACGGUAAUCCGGUAAGAGUGGGGGGACAGAAGGGUACACAAAUGAGACCAAGCAAGCCGUGGAGAAACGGCUUUACGAGACAAUUCAAACAUGCUCCUUCACGCCUACUGUGAAACGUAUUCUUUCUCAUUGAAAUUUAGAUGUAAGUUAUGGAAAACAUGAGUCUUGAUUAGCAUCGCACCAUUACUUACAUGUAAAAUUGAAAUACCAUUCGAAUGAGCAUUUAUUUUUUAUUUAUUUUUCGCACACAAACACACGACAAAAUAUGAUUUCCAAAAUCCGGUUUUCACUGUCCAGACCAGCAUAUUCGUAUUUAUUUCAUUACCUACGCUCAUCGUAAUCUAAUGCAAUCGAAACAAUAACAAUCAGAGUUACUAUACGAUUCUUCCUACUGCCGCUUCGUCGGCAACGCAUAAACGAAUUCUUCCUUCGUUCCCGUUAUUGGACGAACCGUACAGCAGAACGCUAACGAAACUCUCUAGUAUGUAGCAUUAUAAAAGCGGAUCAACAACCAUUUAAAGCUCAAGCGCGCUACGGCUAUGUUACAAAACCAACGAGAAGCACUCACCGGGACAUUGAAACUCUGCCAGAUUUUUUACACGAAACUUGUUUACUAGCAUUUACUGUGCGUGCUACUGUGCCACGAUGAAAUGGCGAAUAUUUACAACCCCAAAAUGUGCGCUACACAGACGUUUUGUGUAUGAAAAUGUUAACAAUAUUUAACGUUAUAUUUUAUGCCAGUUUUCCAUCACAUAGUAAAGCGAUGGGAUGUAUUUGGUGAAGGCACAAACCGAUGUUGAUAGGAAUUUUUGAGAGAAAAUGCAUCUUACCAUUUUACUUAAACACAAACAAUGCACACGAUUAACAUAAUGCACUCUAAAUGUAAAACAAAACGUGAACUAUUUCAAGAUAUAAAAAAAUGCUUUGAUGUUAAGAAGCCUUCGAACCAGGGAAACUGGUGGGAUAUGCAAUGCAUGCGCAAGAUCCCAUUAAUACUCUCAGGAUUUCAAUAAAAUAUUUACGCAAAAUUACCCAAUCAUUUGCAUUUA